AUGGCGACUCGAGCAAAGGUCGAUGAGACAGAUUUCAACAGCAAAGAAUUCGAAAAGAAUUAUCGAUUACUAUCGGAAAGUCAAAAGCAAUGGGACUUAAGAAAGAAAUUCCUCGAAAGAUAUUGGGAUCAAUAUGACGAAGAUCGUCUAUUAUGUUUAGCUCAAUGUUAUGUGAAUAUGCGAUGUUUAGGGUGUAAAUAUUCCAAGUCAUUGGAUUCAUUAGUGGAAGAGUUGGCGAAAGAAAUUGAAUAG